AAAAUCAAAAAAUCGCGGGGUGACUCACGAACGCCGCACCUGGAUAUAUUCUACCCCGCGGACAACCCUCUGCUGACGGACGCAACAGUCACCAACUUACUUCAGGAGAUCGUCCACCAUGUCCAUCGACUUCCCCGCGGAGGAGGACAAGACCCUCCAGAGAUGGAGGGAGAUCCGUGCCUUCGAGAGGCAGGUUGAGCUGUCCCGGGGCCGGAAACCCUACACCUUUUAUGACGGCCCUCCAUUUGCCACGGGUCUGCCUCAUUAUGGCCAUCUUCUCGCAUCUACCAUUAAGGAUAUUAUCCCGAGAUAUUGGUCUAUGAAGGGCCAUUAUGUGGAGCGUCGAUUUGGUUGGGAUACCCACGGUGUUCCUAUCGAAUAUGAGAUCGACAAGAAGCUGGGCAUGUCUGGUCUAGAGGCUGUUGAGAAGCUGGGAAUUGAAAAGUAUAACGAAGAGUGCAGAGCGAUUGUUAUGCGAUUCGCUUCAGAAUGGAGGGAGACCAUUGAACGAUUGGGCCGCUGGAUUGAUUUCGACAAUGAUUACAAGACCAUGAACACAUCUUUCAUGGAAUCGGUGUGGUGGGUGUUUAAGCAGUUGUUCGACAAGGGCCUUGUCUACCGUGGCUACCGAGUUAUGCCAUACUCCACCGCGCUGAACACGCCGCUAAGUAACUUCGAGGCGCAACAGAACUACAAGGAUGUCCAGGAUCCUGCGGUUGUCGUUACCUUCCCACUCCUCGAUGAUCCGCAGACUUGCCUCCUAGCAUGGACUACUACGCCGUGGACGUUGCCUUCUCACACUGGUCUCGCGGCUCAUCCGGACUUCGAGUAUGUCAAGAUCUUUGACGAGGCCUCGGGCAAGAACUACAUUCUCUUGGAAUCUUUGUUGAGGACGUUGUACAAGGACCCCAAGAAGGCGAAGUUCAAGAUCGUGGACCGCAUUAAGGGUUCCGACAUGGCAGGAUGGAGAUAUCAGCCUCUGUUCGAUUAUUUCUACGACGAAUUCAAGGACUACGGCUUCCGCGUGCUUCUCGCUUCUUACGUGACGGCCGAUGAUGGUGUUGGUAUCGUCCAUCAGUCUCCCGCUUUCGGUGAGGACGAUUACAGGGUUGCCAUGGAAAACGGUGUCAUCAGCGAAACGCGCCUACCCCCGAACCCCGUGGAUGAAAAGGGAUGCUUCACCUCGGAAGUGCGCGACUUCGCUGGAGUCCAUGUCAAGGCGGCGGAUAGAGCCAUCAUCAAGCACCUGAAGGGCACCGGUCGUCUGAUUGUUGACGGCCAGAUUACCCAUAGUUACCCUUUCUGCUGGCGGUCGGAUACACCAUUGAUCUACCGAGCUGUGCCCGCUUGGUUCGUUAAGAUUGGACCGAUCAUUCCCGACAUGCUCAAGGGUAUCGAAGAGUCCCACUGGGUGCCUUCGUUUGUGAAGGAGAGACGAUUCGCCAGCUGGAUUCAGAAUGCCCGAGACUGGAACAUCUCUCGAAACAGAUUCUGGGGUACUCCACUUCCUCUAUGGGUCAGCGAAGAUUUCAAGGAGGUUGUCGCCGUGGGUAGUGCUGAGGAACUUAAGGAGCUCAGCGGAUAUACUGGAGAGCUCACUGACCUGCACCGUGAUAAGGUGGACCACAUCACUAUCCCUAGCAAGCAAGGCAAGGGUGAGCUUCGUCGCGUGAGCGAAGUUUUCGACUGUUGGUUCGAGUCUGGUAGCAUGCCUUAUGCGUCUCAGCAUUAUCCAUUUGAGAACAAAGAGCAAUUCGAGAAGAGCUUCCCUGGAGACUUCAUUGCGGAAGGUUUGGACCAGACUCGAGGUUGGUUCUACACACUGACUGUGUUGGGAACCCAUCUCUUCGGCAAGUUGCCGUUCAAGAACUGCGUCGUGAACGGUAUUGUUCUUGCUGAAGAUGGCAAGAAAAUGUCAAAGAGAUUGAAGAACUACCCAGACCCGUCCUUGAUCAUGCAGCAAUAUGGAUCUGAUGCUCUGCGACUCUAUCUCAUCAACUCCCCAGUUGUCCGAGCAGAGCCGCUGAGGUUUAAGGAGUCCGGUGUCAAGGAAAUUGUGGCCAAGGUUCUCCUGCCGCUGUGGAACAGCUACAAGUUCUUUGAGGGACAAGCAGCUUUGUUCAAGAAGGUGGAAGCCGUCGACUUCGUGUUCGACCCGAAGGCAGAGGCGACUAACACCAAUGUCAUGGACCGUUGGAUCUUGGCAAGCUGUCAGAGUCUGCUGAAGUUUGUGAACGAGGAAAUGGCCGCAUACCGCCUGUAUACUGUCGUUCCCCGGUUGCUCGAGUUGAUCGACAAUACAACAAACUGGUACAUCCGAUUCAACAGACGGCGUCUGAAGGGCGAGUACGGUGUUGAUGACACCAAGCACGCUCUGAACACCCUCUUCGAGGUCCUUUACACUCUAGUCCGGGGUCUUGCGCCCUUCACUCCCUUCCUGACCGAUACUAUUUACCUCCGACUUCUUCCACACAUUCCGCAAUCCCUCAGGGGAGAAGAUGACCGAAGCGUUCACUUCCUCCCCUUCCCUGAAGUGAGGGCUGAACUCUUCGAUGAGAUCGUUGAACGACGAGUGGCGCGCAUGCAGAAGGUUAUUGAACUCGGUCGUAUCUCCCGUGAACGCCGAACUCUCGGCCUAAAGACACCUCUAAAGACACUCGUCGUCAUCCAUCAAGACCAGCAAUAUCUGGAUGAUGUCAAGUCUCUGGAGAGCUAUAUCCUUGAAGAGCUGAAUGUGCGGGACCUAGUCCUUUCGUCGGAUGAGGCCAAGUACAAUGUCCAGUACAGUGUUACAGCAGACUGGCCCACUCUGGGUAAGAAGCUGAAGAAGGACGCGCAGAAGGUCAAGAAGGCACUGCCAUCCGUUACCAGCGACGACGUGAAGAAGUUUGUUGCAGACAAGAAGAUUCUUGUGGACGGCAUCGAACUCGUCGAAGGGGACUUGGUGGUCAAGCGCGGAUUGAAAGAAGACGACGGCUCGAAGAACAUGGAGACGAACUCUGAUAAUGACGUGCUCACCAUCCUGGAUGCGAACUUGUAUCCGGAACUGGCCCAUGAGGGUCUUGCGAGAGAGGUCGUUGCACGAGUCCAGCGCCUCCGCAAGAAGGCUGGGUUGGUCCCAACCGAUGACAUCAAGAUGGAAUACAGUCUGAUUGCCGACCCCGAUAACAUCGGUCUUAGCGAUGCCAUUGAAGGCCAGGCGAAGGCCAUCGAAAAGGUCUUGCGCAGGCCGGUCGAGCGCUCCGAGGGAGACAGCACGGAGGGACUGAUUCUCCAGGAGGAACAAGAGUUGCAGAAUGCAACUUUCCUCUUGAGACUGGUCAAACUUUAGAGUUCUUUGACCAUAGACCUCGAGUUUAGAUAAAGUCGUUAGAUAUGAUAUAUUGAAUGCAACGUAUUUUCGUCAAUACUAUUACGCAUGGGGACUUCCGUGAUGAGACAUGCAUUGAUUGAGAACCAUGCGUUAUAGUAACAAGGAUUAUAUUUCGGUUUGUCAUACAAACAAUAU